GAAAGAUACAUAUUCACACUUAUAUCUAGUCUCCCAGUUUAAUAGUAUAUAUUUUAAUAUUUUAGUCAUUGAAGUAGCCUGGUUCUUUCUGUGUGGGACCAGCGAGUUCCCUGGAAAACCUGGCAUAUACUAAUAUUUUUGACACAUUAAUGGCAUUAACUAUUAAGAAGUUGGUGCUUCUGUUCACCCAGACUUGGCGGUUGUAUACUGCAGAAUUAAUUGCAGGAGCGUCAUGGCGUUUUCCUUGUUUGCAUCAUUGGGAGCUCCAGACUGUGCUUUUCACAAGUCCAGCCUUACUUUGUUGAAAAAAAAAAGUUUAACAAAUUGCCUUCCAAGUCUUCUGGCGAGCACACCAUCACGUGGUUUGGCCCGGCUUCCCCAGUUGCUUGUCUUACAAGAAAAUUGUUCUGUAUUAGGCCACACUGAAGCCUUUCUAAAUCAGUUACGGUUGCCCCAAGUAAAAAUGGACAUCCUCACAGCAGCUCCUGCCCUUCGCGCAAAAAAGCGAAAACCACAAAAGCCCUAUUUUACUUUGACUUAAGAGAUUGUAUCAUAAACAAAACCAAGGACACAAAUUACGGGGAAAGAACUGAUUACUAAACAGUUUGACCGUGUGUAAGAGUUGGCAUAACCUGGCAGCUGUAUAGGUUAUGUAUAUUUUCGUUGAAGAAUGUGAAGUAUGGCUUUUCCUCGGCCACGCGCAAGUUGUAUGAUUACUGCGAGAAUAACGGUGCCAGUAAAAUUUCCUAAAACACACAAAAAUAGAAUUCAAUUUCUUAGCAUCGUUUCGAUAAUAUGAGAUUAAUUAGAAAAUAUCUAUCAAGAAUUAUAAAGCAGUUAAAUUUAACCGGAGUUAAACGUCGCCAAAUGUAAAACUAUCUGACAAUGUUUUUAUUUGUAGUUGUCUCGUAAAGUUUCCCCUUGUCAUAUUUUGUCAAGCGGGCAGAUUUAAGGUUCCGGGAGUGGUGAUGGCAGUUGGAUCCAAGCUCCUCCCAGUUCGCCUGGCCCUUUGUCUGCUCCCCUCUGCUUUGAUUCUCUGUUAAAGAUUACUUCUCUUGACGUGUCGAAGUAAAAAUUAACUACACUUUCUAUAGAAUAUGCUGUUUUAGGAAUUUUUGAGAGUGUUCCAAAGAGCUGAGCCAGGGAGAUCAGCCCCUUAGGCUUCACUGCGAGGCGCGGGUCGGUUAAAGUCGGAGAAAACGUCUUUCCGUUUUUUCCUACUUACGAAAUAAGUUAAAUUACAAAUGAAUCCUCGGCUACACACUCAAGAGGCAGAUCAGCCCUGUGCAAUAUGGUCCACUGUGGCUUAGAUUAGUAAUGAUAAUACUGUAUGGUACAUUAAUGUAAAAUAUUAAAAUAAAACAUCAAUCUCCUGACCUCUAAGCACCAGUGGACAAAGGUUCACCAAUAAUUUGUUCCCGUUAAUAAAUAAAAAAAUGCAGUUCGACAGAAUCUAUACUGGCAUUAAGAACAGGAUCGCUAGGCUGAAAGUAAGGGUUUAAUUGUAAUCCAUGGGUAAUUAGUUGAGGGAUAUCUGCGUGGGUGUAAACCAAGCCCCCUCUCUCCGAGCUCCAGUGAGAAGUGCAGAAACCCCUCUUAUCAAAAGAUUGUUUCCAGAGACCUCGCAUUUCUCCUCUUCCUCACAAGCCAGAAGUGUUGAAAGUCCUAUGUCAUCUGCCAGAAUAGGAGAAAGAAUAGUUUCUCAUCCCCCCCGUUAAAACAAAGUCGAUUUGGAUAGUAGCGCGCACUGGACUCGCUUCAGUGGUGGAAUUAAUUGAAGUCGUCUGGUGAAAACGCCUUCGUGGGGACAAGGGGAUAUGAAGAGAUUUUUUUUUUUGCUUGCGUCGUUGGAUGAAAAGAGUGUAAACUGGAAUAAUUUUGGAAAAGUAAAGAAACUAAUGGCUUAAGAACACAAGACACAAGGAAAGAUUUUUCAUUUGAGAAUCACCUUUAAAGUGAGAUUAUGUUGACGCAGGAUAAUCAGGUGAUCACAUCAUUUUAGGCUUUAUUUUUGGAAUUUGGAAGGCCCUCAUCUUGCGGUUAAAACAUCAGAUAACCCAAUCUGCUGAUAAUAAUAAUGUUUGGUAAUAACAAAUCGGAGUUUCGCUAAUUUGCAGACACGUCGCACUGGUCUUUGGAACACCUGGAAAAAGAGAGCUAGGAUUAAUAUACAGCAAUAUAUUAUAUUUCGAGGGAAUCCAAAGUACUUCCGCUGGUUGAUCAUUAAUCUGCUUUUACCCCCCCUCAAGACACGUUAUACCUGCACGACAUCCAGUACUGAUAAGCAGUAUUAUCUCGGUCAGCUUCCAAGAGGCCACUGGAAGGAGACUGUCACGUGACCUCGGGUGCCAAUGUUCUUCCAGAAGGUCGUCGGGACCCUGGUAGCCAGUGACGCUCUUUUUGGAAAUGCAGAAAACAACCUAUUACGACAAUUCGACGCUUUUCGGAGGUUACUCGUACCAGGGGGCCAACGGUUAUGGUUACGAUGCGCAGCAGCCCGCGUACCAGCCCGCGGCUCACCUGGAGAACAGCUACCAGCGGUCUGCCUGCUCUGUGCAGAGCCUGGACGGGAGCGCCCUGCAGCAUCAGGCCAAGGCUAAAGAGCUCAAUGGGAGCUGCAUGCGGCCCAGUCUACCACCUGAGCAUCACCAGUCCACCCCCGUGUCCCCACCCCACAACCCUGCCAAAAACCCCAACAGCAGCACGGCGCCACAGCCGGGGACCAGCAGCAGCGGAGGCACAGCGAAAACACCCCCCAAAUCCUCCUCCAACCCCACAAACCCCACGCUCAACAAGCAGAUAUUCCCCUGGAUGAAAGAAUCGAGGCAGAACUCCAAACAGAAAAGCAGCUCACCGAGUGUCAGUUCAGCUAACGUGGAGAGCAGCAGCGGCGGAGAGAAAAGCCCCCCGGGUUCAGCGGCCUCUAAGAGAGCGCGCACCGCCUACACCAGCGCGCAGCUGGUGGAGCUGGAGAAGGAGUUCCACUUCAACCGCUACCUCUGCCGGCCGCGGCGUGUGGAGAUGGCCAACCUGCUCAACCUCAGCGAGAGACAGAUAAAAAUCUGGUUUCAGAACCGCAGGAUGAAGUACAAAAAGGAUCAGAAGUGUAAAGGAAUGGGCUCAUCUUCGGGGGGGCCGUCUCCCGCGGGAAGCCCCCCCCUCACGAUGCAAUCAUCCUCCGCCUUCAUCAACUCCAUGCACACCAUGACCGGUAGCUACGACGCCCCCUCUCCGCCAUCUUUCAACAAGUCUCAUCAAAACCCCUAUACAAUAUCUGCAGCCUAUCAGACCCCCAUGAAGAGCUGCCCCUCCCAGCAGAAGUACACCAACACGGCGCCAGAAUACGACCCCCACGGUCUGCAGGGCAACGGCGGUGCGUAUGGAACUCCCAGCAUGCAGGGCAGCCCUGCGUAUGGAGGAGGAAACUAUGCGGACUCCAUGCACUCAACCGGCCCAUCUAUGUACACCCUUAAUCACCUGCCUCACCCCCAGUCUAAUAACAUGGACUACAGCGGUGCCACACAGAUGCCUACCAGCCAGCACCACGGACCGUGCGAACCGCACCCGACAUACACCGACCUCUCAUCCCUCCAUCCUUCUCAGGGUAGAAUCCAAGAAGCUCCUAAGCUAACGCAUCUGUAGCCUGGAGAGGAACCCAAGCUUUCUGGGCACUGCAAUGGGACUGACUGCAGCAGGCCUGGAGAGGAACCCAAGCUCUCUGGGCACUGCAAUGGGACUGACUGCAGCAGGCCUGGAGAGGAACCCAAGCUUUCUGGGCACUGCAAUGGGAUUGACAACAACAAAAAAUGACCCAGUGGUUUCUUGCUUUGUCAAAAAAAAAAAAAAAAAAGUGUUGAUGUUGCAGAUUUUUUUUCGUGUGAUGUUCGUCUACUGUGUAUCCGUUUUUCUUAUUUUGAAUCACGUGAAAGACGACCCAGCCCCUAAGAAUUCAGCAGUUCAGAGAAACUGCGUUUGGAAACGGUUUAUAGAUUCCCCGAUGACCAUACGUCAUCCUUAUUGACGCCUUUUAGGAUAUGCCUUUAUAUAAAGCCAACAGUACUCCGUCUCGGCGUGAGAAGCCAGUCGUGUUGACGUCAUCGACCUGCCCAGAUAGUCACACGGGCUUGGAAUAUUUCAAGAGUUAAUUACUUUCAAGUAUCUUUAACUGGAGCAAGAAAACCACUGGAUUGUUUUCGGUUCAUUUACUUUCUCAUGUUACCUCUUUUUUUCUUAAAUGUGUCGCUUAUAAUUAAUCUUCCGGAAUUAGUACGAGAGCCAUCGCUUUCUUGUGGUCACAUAAUGCCCUUACUUUAGUCGUUACGUUAUACGAACGGUAUAAAUAUCGAAUUUUUGUUAUGGAUUUACGCAUUUAAAAUUGUGUGGUAUACGAGCCAUUUGGGUUCCCAUCAGCGAAGUGUACGAGUUGAGAAAACCAUUACCAGAGCCUCACCGCCCACUUCCUCAACCUCGACGCAGCUGCCGCUGACUCACUAUUUUCAGUUCACGCGCAUCAGCCAGCACUCAAAAAGCCCACCUUCUUGAAUUCUCAACUUGACGUGAAAACAGGGUAUAUUUGAACAUGCCCAGGAAAAGAGUCCUAAGUGAAUUUGUGUAGGCAUUCACAGUGGCUCUCCCGCCUGGGCAUCACAAUUGCACUUAGAGUUUACAUUUUAAUGGGAGAUAAAAUAUUUUGGAACGGAAGGCCUCCAAUAAGCUCAAUCCUGGACGUCUGUCUGAGUGUGUGUUCAAGUGAACAUUAAUAAAUAUAUAUAUUUAUUUGUAAUAGACCGUUUUAAUAAUUCUUAUUUUGUAUUAUUUAUCCCCAUGUAUUUAUAUCAAAUGUACAUUUUAGUAUUUACCUGUUAUAAAGACAUUGUGUUAUUGUCAUGGUUACAGAUUUAUUUUAGUUAUUGUCUUUUAGCGAUGAGUAGUUUUAUGUUACCCUUGUAUAUAUAUAGUGUACUGAGUUAUACAGGAGGAACGUGGACGGAUCCAGACUGUUACUGAAUAGUCCAGAAAUAGACGAAGUGUUGCAAAACCGUUUUGGAAAACCUCCUUAGUUCUUUGUAGUCACUUUUGGUUCUUUGUUAAGAGUUGCCUGUUAAACAAUUCUUUAAUAAAAAAAAUCCUGUUAUUGUA